AAAAACACUAAUAAACACGAUUAAUUAAUCAAUGCCGGAAGAUAUGAACUUGUCCGUUAACGGACAUUCUAAAGUCCCGCCGGGAUUCCGCUUCCACCCCACGGAGGAGGAGCUCCUCCACUACUACCUCACCAAGAAAGUCGCGUCCCAGAAAAUCGACCUCGACGUCAUCCGCGACGUCGACCUCAACAAACUCGAGCCUUGGGACAUUCAAGAGACGUGCAAGAUAGGGUCGGCGCCGCAGAACGACUGGUACUUUUUCAGCCACAAGGACAAGAAAUAUCCGACGGGCACUCGGACGAACCGGGCCACGGCGGCCGGGUUCUGGAAGGCGACCGGCCGGGAUAAAGUGAUACAUAGCAACCUGAGGAGGAUUGGAAUGAGGAAGACGCUCGUUUUCUACCGAGGGCGAGCACCGCAUGGACAGAAAUCGGACUGGAUCAUGCACGAAUACCGGCUCGACGACGACUCAUCCACUAAUAAUAAUGUUUCUUCAACGAUUCUCGGAGAUUCGUCCUCGCUCGGCGCGGAAGAAGGAUGGGUCGUAUGCCGAGUUUUCAAGAAGAAAAACUACCACAAGGCACUAGAAAGCCCUCUCAUGAUGACAUCAUCCCUCUCAAAUAAUAAUAAUAACCUCCCAAGAAACGAAGGCGGCGUACUCGAUCACCUACUCAUGUACAUGGCGAGAUCACCGUCGCCAUCUUCUUGCAAGCAAGAGAACGAAUCAUUAAUAAACACCGCCCAUUUCCGAUCCCCAAAUCAAUCGUCACCCGCAGGUAAUUUUAUCCACCACCACCACCACCUCCCCGGAUUAAUGGAUAUUAACCCCACCACCACCACCAUCAGCAACAAUAACAAUAACAAUAACAAUAAUAUUAAUCAACCGCCAUCAUCAUCAUCACUCGCGAGCUACAUCGGUGAAGAUCAUCAUCAUAUGAUGAUGCCUAUUUUUUCCGACCGCCACCAAAAUAGUGACUGGGUCUCGAUGGACCGGCUAGUGGCGUCCCAGCUAAACGGCCAACCACCGCCACCUAACCAACUUUUCGGGUACGGCGAAGAUGACAUCAUCAACGGGGAAUUCUCAUUCCACGACGAUGAUGGAGAACCGUUGAUCAUGAAUCACGAUAUGAUGCAUGGUGGUUCGGAUGAUAGAGCGAAUGAUGACCGUCAUGAUGGUUCGAGGACUUGCGAGACGGGGCUUUGGAACUUUGCUGGACCGUCAUCAUCAUCGUUGUCAUCAUCGUCUUCUGACCCGAUGUGCCACUUGUCUGUAUAAUAUUUUAUUAUUUUAUAUAUAUACAACUUUUUGGGGUUUUUUUUUUAGUUGUCAUAAUCAUUAAAUCAUGUGUUUGAGGAAGAAAAAAAGCAAGAAAACAUAGAUACGCGCGUAUACAUGUGUAUUGAGAUAUAUAUAUUUCUUUUGUGUUGAUUAAUUUAAGGAUGUUGUUUCUA